AUGCUGAGCUCGAGCUCAAGCGUCGGUUCCGUGUUUGUGAACCAGGUCGCAAGCGCGGGUGCUGAUGCAGUUGCAUCGGGGCUUGCGGGCAGCAAUGGCUCGCCGAGCCCGGCCAGGCCUCCACCGCAGGGCGAUUCUCUUCAGGAGGGCGCGAGCGCCGUGGCAGGGGAGCUAGGUGCCAGCGGUAACGGCAGUAGCAGCGGUGGCGGUGGUGGUGGUAGCGCAGCCGACACGUCUCUGCAAGAUGUGGACGGCAAGGAUGAGAAGCGCAAUAACAAGUUUGUCUAUAAGCUCUACAAGAUGGUCUGCGACUCAGAUUGCCAGCACCUAAUCUCCUGGGCGCCGGCGGGAACGAGUGUCGUCGUGUACAAUGUCGACGAAUUCUCUGCACAGGUGCUCGGCAAACAUUACAAGCACAACAAUUUUUCUUCAUUCAUUCGACAGCUGAACAUGUACGGCUUUUACAAGGUCAACAAGACGCCACGAGGGACGAAGAACAUGGUCGAGUCGCAAGUGUGGGAGUUUUCUCAUCCGCAGUUCAUGCGCGGGCGGCCGGAUCUGCUGGAAGGGAUUCGACGACGUGCGUUGGACCAAGAUACCGUGCGGAUGGACGCGGCGAAGGAUCUGCAGCAGGAUGUCAACUCGUCAAGCCUGCGCCUGCAGCGCAAUAUGGACGAGAUGGUCGAGCAGCUGAAC